AUGACUAGUUAUCCCUCUCCAAGAACUCCGACGUCCCCUCAAGUUCAGACACCGGGUACACCCGGGUGGCGGCGGGUCCGGUUCGACGCUGAUGCACCCAACCCCACGAUCCGAUUCAUUCCACCUACUCCCUUAUCGCCGGUUAUUGACGACACAGUCGAAGAUUUCAGCAGUGAACCAGCCUUGUUUGACACACCCACCGCAAUGCAUUCCUCUACUCGCCCCGGCUGGCCCACUCGCCGCACAUCGGUGCCAACUACGCCUCUAGCGUAUGAGGAAUCCGACCCUUUCAAUAGAUACGCCCCCGACGACUACGAUGGAUACGAGAUAGACUCACGACCGAUUGUGAUCUCACCACCUGCAUACGAACACGUGUGGAAGGACAUAUAUAUGGCCAACUCGGCAGCAUACCGACUACGAACAGCCUUGCUAGAGUCGAAACGCGUCGACGAUGUAUUGGCCAUAACUAAGUCAUAUCCCCAAGCCAUCGCCGCUCGCUUUCUACUUCACGAACAUCUUGCGGUCACUGCCAAUGCUGUCAGCGGCGCCGGAUUGUUUCCUCCCGCUCCUGGAACGACAAUAUCGUCUUCGACCGUCCCUGCUACCCCCGCUCUGACAGCUGCGAGCGUAUCAACGCCAGGAUCAGUGUUCACGAGUCUUCCAGGUUUCUCAGGAACAACCGAUCCCGAUUUUCCAACUACGGCACUCAAAUCUGCGCAUGCAAAUCUCAAGGAAGCUUUCCUCUUGUAUUCAGAGCAGUUCGACCUGAGGAAGGAGUACUUUGGCCGGGCCCUGGUGCUAGAGUACCGUGAACGUGGUGGCAGUCGAUCGGGAGUUAGUUCGAGGGAUGACUCGAGGGAACGACCGGACCGAGGGUUUUCAGGAGGGUUUGUGAUGCCUCCCGGGCCUCGUACGCCCGGAGGAUAUGGGUACGAAGAACCGAGGAACAACUAUGGGUAUCCGAAGCCAGGUGACUUUGUACGGCCUGGACUGGGCCAUCGAGACUCGGCGGCUUCGUCAAAAACGGUGGGCACUGAGGUAAUGCUUGUGACGAAUGGAGAUAACGGAGAAGAUGAGGCGAUGCUCAACGAGGACUCGCUCCUGUGCCUGGUAGAGGACGUAGACGGCGCGUGCGAUGCGCUGGGAGAGUACGCGGAAAUGUGCAAGAUGCUGCAGCUGCAAGUGAAGGAGUUGCUGAAGUUCCUGAUAUCGCACGAUGAGAUGGUAUGGCCUCCUCCACCUGGGAGUGUGCAUUCACUGGGCGAGGCAAUCAUUCGGAACAUACUUGUUCGAUUAUCGCGAAUUCAGCCCAACGAUGGAGUAGGACGGAUCUCUGACUCGAUCGACCAGCUGAGCACAAAUUUGGUCGAGUUUGCGAGGGGGCAAGGGUUCGAGAUCUAUAACGGUGUCUCGCCUUCGCCUGUUGACCCUGUGCCGCCCAUGCGAGAGCUGGAUAACUCCUCACCCAAGCCUCCACCUCCCGCCGCGCCACUGUACUCCAACCCUGGCGGGUCAGGAUUCACAGAGCGAGAGCGAAGCUAUGCACCCGUUCCUGAACGAAUGUACUCCAAUCCAAAUUCGACGUUCUCUCCACCUGUGAAGAGCGCCUCCCCUGCACCGACCGCAUCCUCAUCGCAUUACCGUCCUGCGAACCAAAGUCCCGGGCCAUAUGUGAACCCGAACCGGCUGAACGACAUGACGGGGUCGCAGACGCCGUACUCUGGGUCAUCGAGCCAAGGUGCAACGCCGAAUAUGGGUUCUAUGCCGCUGGUGAGGAGGACGGACCCGGUGGAGGUGCUGAGUGAUCCGAAUGGGCUGGAAGAACUGGCGAGGAAAGGGCUGGAUGCAGUGGAUGGGUUCAUGCAAGUCUUGCGACAGGAUAUAGCGACCGGACACCCCGAGUCUUCGCGCUUCCGAGAGGCGCUGGUGUACCUGUGGAGAGUGACUGGUCACUACCCCGCGGAACGGGACAUCACAAACGAGAUAUCCAGGGUUGGUAAGACUCCAGUGGGGCAGGAUGCGGUCUCGUUCACACAUACUGCAACCUGGCUUGGGAUACAGCCUGUUACAAUCCGGUAUCUACGAGCUGUCGAGUCGCCUAGUCGAAUUCGCAGGCGCCUCCGACGAGAUAUUGACACUUGGCGUACACUCUUUCAUCCAAAUGUCCAUAUGUUUAUCAGCUGCGUCAUGCCCCGGCAUGGAGCAUUCGGGCUAGUGAUGCCGGUUGCUGGGAGAGGGAACGUGAUACAGUAUCUGCUGGCGAAUCCAGGCGCAGAUAGGACAGAGAUCGUACUACAGGCUGCGGAGGGACUGAGGUUCCUGCACGAGGAAGCAAAGCUGGUGCACGGCGACUUUAGGGGUGUGAACCUGGUUGUUUCCGAAGACGAUAGAGUCAUGGUAACUGGGUAUGGUAUCCUGACAGCGAUCGAGAAGAACCAGGAGCUGGGGUUCCCAGAAUGGGGACUACACUGGGGCGAUGGGAGGUGGAUGGCACCUGAACUACACCACUACCUAAACCCGAAGACGAGGUUCCCAGGACAAAGGACGACACAAAGCGACGUGUAUGCGUUUGCAUGCACAGCUCUAGAGAUCUGGACAUCGGCUGCUCCGUUUGCUGGUCAGUCAGACUCGAACGUGGUACUGGAGGUGGCGAACAAGGGACGGAUUCCACCGCGGCCGACAAACACCGUGUUCAUAUCCAAGUCGAGGUCGGAUCAGGUUUGGGGCUUGCUCCAGGCGUGCUGGAACCUGAACCCAGGUGUGAGACCAAACAUGAGGACCGUGGUUGAGACUCUGAGUAGCCUGGCCGAGUAG